AUGGAUAAAACAAUCGUUUUUAUUACCGGAGCAAAUACGGGACUGGGCCUGGAAACCGUUAGAUCCCUCCUGCGCUCCUCUACGCCCUACACCAUCCUCCUCGGAGGUCGUAGCAGAGACAAGGCCCACGCAGCAGUCCAACUGUUACAGGCCGAAUUUCCCAAUACCGCCACGGUGGUUACCCCAGUGCAGGUGGACAUCGAAGAUGACGAUUCUAUCGAGAAUGCCUUCAAUUAUGUUGCUGACCAGUACGGCCGAGUGGAUGUCUUGAUCAACAAUGCCGGUAUGUCUUUUGAGAUAGUGUUCAAUGUUGGGGUGAUCCAUCACAGAGAGAUAUCCUGCUCACACGAGUAUAUUCUAGGAAGCCAAUUCGAUCCCCAGAUGUAUUCCGGGGAAUUGGCAAUGCGCGAUAUGUGGAACAAGUCAUGGAACGUCAACACGACCGGGACACACAUCCUCACACACACAUUCGUGCCAUUGCUCGUCAAGUCCGCGGAUCCUCGACUGCUCUUCAUCACCAGCGGCACCUCGACGCUGACCGAGUCGGACAACCUGGCCAUUCGAUUGAAUCAAUCUCCAGCAAAGGGUUGGCCCAAAACCGCGCCCUCCAUCUCGGCCUACCGAUCCAGCAAGACGGGCAUGAACAUGCUGAUGCGUGAAUGGAGGCGGAUUCUGAGCGAGGAUGGAGUGAAGACCUGGUGUGUUUCGCCGGGCUUUUUGGCUACCGGACUAGGCGGGAAUGCGGAGCGGAAUAGGCAGCUGGGAGCUAUUGACCCGGCCAUCGGGGCGAAUUUUGUACGCGAUGUAGUUGAAGGAGCGCGAGAUCAGGAUGUUGGGAAAGCUAUUCGCUGGGAUGGCGUUCAGCCAUGGUAA